UGAAUCAGCAGCAGCAGCAGCAAUCGGGGCAGGAGCAGGAGCAGGAACAAGAGCGCUGGAGGAGGAGCAGCCGAACCAAGGCUGAUCUCAGGCAGGCGGCUGCAGCAAGGGAAGCGGUCCCGUGGAUCCUACAGCUCGGCUCUCUGGCCUGGGCCCGUCACUCGUCUUUCCAGCAGCAAGGCGCUGCUCUCAUCUGGAGGUCCCUGUAACUGGGUGAAUGCAAUAAGCUGGCUUCAAACUAACAACAAGGAAAUCAUCUCUCGUCACCGAGAUCCAGCAGCAACUCCUCACUGAGCUUCCAGUCUACCUUUGCUUAUUUCAAAUUAACUGAUCACAAAGUUCACUUUUAUGGGUUACUUAAAUUGCAUGUUGCAAAUCGUGGAUUCAUUUAAUUUUUUAAUGCGAACUGUGAAUUAUUUUAAAUGAAGACUAUUUGAACCAAUUAUCCAGUGCAGUCCAAUGUUUGUUCUCCCGCGUUUACAUAACUGAGAUACCAAGAUGCCCAAAAUACAGCUUGAUGGGAUUACGAUAGAUUUUCCUUACAUUCCUUAUAAAUGCCAAGAAGAUUACAUGUCUAAGGUCAUAGAAUGUUUGCAAAAGAAAGUAAAUGGGAUUCUAGAAAGCCCUACUGGUACAGGAAAAACACUUUGUCUUUUGUGUGCUUCUUUGGCCUGGAGGAAUCAUAUAAGAGACAGUAUUUCAGCAAGUAAAAUAUCCCGUCAUUUAAAUGGGCAAGAACUUUUUGAUGGUCGAUCUCUGUCUUCAUGGGGCAGUGCAUCUGUAGAUGCUGAUUCAGCAAGUUACAGUGAUAUCCCAAAGAUCAUUUAUGCAUCAAGGACACAUUCACAACUCUCACAAGUUAUUAAUGAGCUAAGGAACACAGCAUACAGACCGAAGGUGUGUGUUCUUGGUUCAAGAGAACAGUUGUGUAUCCACCCUGAAGUAAUGAAACAGGAAAGCAAUCAUGUGAAGAUCCACAUGUGUCGAGCAAAAACAUCCACCCGGACUUGCCACUUCUAUAACAAUGUUGAGGAAAAGAGCACAGAAAAGGAAUUUACGCAGGCCAUUCUUGAUGUGGAAGAUCUUGUUAAAAGUGGCAACAAACACAGGGUUUGUCCUUAUUAUUUAUCUCGAGCUCUGAAGCAGAAUGCUGAAAUAAUCUUCAUGCCCUACAACUAUUUACUUGAUCCAAAGAGUCGCAGAACUCACAAUCUAGAUCUACGUGGCACUGUAGUGAUUUUUGAUGAAGCACACAAUGUGGAAAAAAUGUGUGAAGAAUCUGCUUCAUUUGACCUUACUCCUUAUGACCUUGCCUCUGGAAUUGAUGCUGUUAAUCGGGUCUUAGAGGAUGAAGCAAAGAAGGUUAAACACAACAAGGACGAUACAGACUUCAAUUUUGAAUCAAUCAAUUCAGGACUGAAAAUGGACUUGAGUGAUCUGGCUAAAGUAAAAAAAAUUCUACUUGAUUUAGAAAGUGCAAUAGAUGCGAUUGAGUUAUUACCGAAUGGAAGUGGUGUCACCAAACCAGGAAGCUUCAUCUUUGAAUUGUUUGCACAAGCUCAAAUUACUUUCCAAAACAAGUUUGCAAUUUUAGAAGCAUUGCAACAGAUCAUCAAUGCUUUGUCAGAGCGCAGUGGAAUAUUCACCAAUACAAAUGGAUUACAAAAGGUAGCCGAUAUUCUUGAGAUUGUUUUCUGCAUUGAUCCUCCGGAGGGUACUGCAGCACACACCAUGGGCCAGAAUGUGAGCAAGCACUACAAGGUUCAUGUACACCCAGAUAACAGUGGGAAGAAGAAGCAACACAGAACUGACUUAUGGACUUCAUCUGUUACAAAGAAACAAGGAAAAAUAUUAAGUUACUGGUGCUUCUGCCCUGGCUACAGUAUGGCUGAACUGGUGCGCCAAGGGGUUCAAUCCAUCAUCCUCACAAGUGGUACCCUUGCUCCAUUGUCCUCUUUCACCUCAGAAAUGCAAAUUCCUUUCCCUGUCAGUCUGGAAAAUCCCCAUGUGAUUGACAAACACCAAAUAUGGAUUGGGAUUGUUCCAAAAGGCCCUGAUGGAAUACAGUUGAGCUCUGCAUAUAACCAAAGGUUCUCACCUGAGUACAUGUCGUCUCUUGGAAAAACCCUGGUUAAUCUGUCUAGAGUUGUGCCAAAUGGGCUGUUGGUGUUCUUCCCAUCAUAUCCUGUCAUGGAUAAAAGCCUCGAGUUUUGGAAGGAGCAAGGCAUUUCCAAUAGAAUAGAAGAGAUCAAACCACUCUUUGUGGAAGUGAAAGGCAAAGGAUCAUUUACAGAGGUCAUGAAUGCAUAUUACGAUAAAGUGAGUGACCCAAAGUCGAAUGGAGCUUGUUUCUGUGCAGUGUGCAGAGGGAAGGCCAGCGAAGGUUUGGAUUUUGCAGAUAUGAAUGGGCGAGGUGUGAUUGUUACUGGGUUGCCUUUUCCACCUCGGAUGGACCCUAAAGUAGUGCUAAAGAUGCAAUUCCUUGAUGAAAUGAGAGCGAAAUGUGUCGGAACAGCUCAGCAUUUAUCUGGGCAAGAAUGGUACAGACAGCAAGCAUCACGUGCUGUUAAUCAGGCCAUCGGUAGGGUUAUUCGUCACCGCAAUGACUAUGGAGCUAUCUUCCUGUGUGAUCAUAGAUUUACUGGAACUGAAGUGAGGUCACAGUUGUCAUCAUGGGUGCAGCCAUAUGUCAAGAUCUAUGAUAAUUUUGGACACACAAUUCGAGACGUAUCGCAGUUUUUUCGUAUUGCUCAAAAAAUUAUGCCUGCACCAAAACUGAAGACGGGCUGUUGCAGUGGCCGGUGUAUGGAAAGUGAUCCUGCUCCCUCCUCCUCGUCUGCUGUUUCAGACCUAAAUCUGAAGAAAGCAAAAACUUUAGAUUCCCAUGUUCCAAGCCUCAAAAGAAAGCGUGCUGAUGGUGUUGAGUCUUGUGGAGGAGAUGGCAUGACCAAGAUCUACAUUGAAUAUGAGAAAACAAAUGAGAACACAAGAAAAAAGCCUGUGAGUCUGCUUGAUGCACUAGAGCACAGUGAACUAAAGGUUGAUGAAAGUGGAAAAAAGGUGGUUAAAAUGCCAACAGUGUCUCCUAAACAUGUGACAGGUGAACAGCGAGGAGGGAGGAAAAGAAUCACGCUAGUUAGUAAUCAUGUGCUUGGUGUAUUGCCACUAUCUGAGAAGACAAAAGCAGAAAAAGCUAAAUUUUUCAUAGUAGCUGUCAAGGAGGUUCUCAGCAAUGCCAGUUAUGAGCGUUUUACCAAUGCAAUGCAAAAGUACAAGUUGACAGAUGAUUUUGACACCAUGCUUGGUGAAAUGGCAGCGCUUUUUACAGAAGAUUCAAAAAAACACAAUCUUCUGCGAGAAUUUUAUCAGUUUGUUCGGCCACAUCACAAAAAGAGGUUUGAUGAAGCUUGCUAUAAUCUGACUGGUGAGGGAUGUGGAUUUAAACCUGAACAUGCAGUUCCAAGAGAGGAGAGGAGAAGAGCAGAGCAUGAAGAAAAUGCAGGUAAUGAGAAUAAAUGGACGUUUGAGCGAGCAGCCUCUGCAGAGAGCAAAUUUACAUCACCAAGUUCAUCUCAACAGUUAAAUACUUGUACACAUCUCAACAAAGGAGGACAACACCUAAACAGUGGCAUGGUUAACAAAGGUGAAACCUGUAACUCUGAACCAUCUGUUUCGACAACUGCACCUUCAAAAACAUCAAAUUCUACAGCAGAUGAAAAAAAACAGCAUGUACUUGCUGCCUAUAUUAGUGAUGCUAAGAAAGCUUUAGGACCCAGUAAAUACAACAGAUUCUCAACAGUACUUCAGACGUACAAAAAAACCGAUAACUAUGAUGACAUGGUAUCUGAAAUAGGUUCCCUGUUUACUGAAAAGUCUGAGGAUUUUCAUUUACUAAGAAGAUUUUAUAUAUUUGUUAGAACACACCAUAAACAACAGUUUAACCAGAUGUGUAAAGAGCUGACGGGAACAGACUGUAAACACUUUAUUGAGAGUGAGUACCAACCUGAGACACAAAGGGGAAUUCUGAGCAAAACUGAAGAGAAAUUCCCUAAACAUUCAUUUCUGACUGGAAACACAAGUGCCAGCAAUAAUGAGAAUGCUGAAGGGUCUGGAACUACACAAAGCAAGAUUUCAGCAUUCUUUCCAAAUGGUGGAAAAUCAAAGCUUUUAAAUGUCUUGGAGAAAGCAAGCACUUUACAUUGCAUUGAUGAUGACAAUAUGGUAAAAAGCUGUCCCUCUGAUGUUCAGGACAAGGAAACAAAAAGCAUACGACCCCCAUCUACAAAUGCUCCGUUACUGCCUUUCACCUCUGAGGCGAAUUUGAAAUUAGGUUUCCGCUGCAUAGUUUGCAGAAUUGAUGCAACAGUGCCAUUUAAUUGUCAAUCCUGUGACUUCACCUGCUGCAUGUCUUGCUGGAAGCAGUUGUUGAAGAAAAAUAAAAAGUGCCCACAGUGCCAAGAGACUGUCAACAGAAGAUGCUUGAGGCAACUUUUCUUUUGGACAAAUGAUCCACAGUCUAUGAAUCAAGUGAGGAGCAAUCCGGAUAUAUCAAGGAAAUGACUUUUGUCUAAAGAAUUAAAGCAUUUUUAGUUGGGUGUCAACUAUCUUGUUUAAACUUGUGUUUUUGUAACUUAAAAUGUCUUUUUUAAUUUAUCAUACAUCUGGGAAAAUGUCGGCUUUGUUGAAAAUGUCUGAAUAAUAAUAAAAAAAGAUAAAAUGUAUGCUUUUAUAUAAAAGAAUUUAGGAAUCAAAAGUGGUCAAGAUGUCAGUAAUACCUUUCAGCAGUAGAAAUACAAUUCAAUUGGAUCUGGAAUUAAUGGCGUAGAACACUGAAUUAUCACUGUGUAAUUCUGUGGAGUGAUGAAUGUGAAUUUACUUCUGCAUUUGCAAGGAAUUGUAUGUAUAAACUUGAAAAUCUGUCACAGAGACAAAAUGUUGAAUUGAUCAAGAGAACUCUGUCAAAAAAAGAUGAUAUUUAGUGGGGGAACAGUGGAAAAAAAACGAAUGAAUAUAUUCAAAGUACUGUUGCCUGUUAUACUUAUCCAACCCUGCAAGGAUUUAAUGCAGAAACACAAAACCGUAUAAUUUGAUCACUGAAUUUCUGUACAGGGAUCCCGAUCAACUGAAGUCAGGCAUAAAAUUAAGCGAUGAUUGUUUCUUGCAGGGGUGAUGAAUUAGAUUUUACUCACCGAUGAAGGCAUGUUAGGAGUCAGAAGGCUAGGGACAUAAUGACGACUCGUAACAGGCCUGUUAAAGGCAUUCCCAGUCAGGAAUGUUCCCCAGUGAGCGUUUGCAUGUGAGUUAGAUCCCUGAUCCCUCAAACCUGGCAUGCAGCCCAAAUCAGAGGUGAUUGUGUAGUUGGGCAGCCUCCAUAAGCAAUAAGGCUCACCUAGCCAUGGCAAAACACUGUAUUGUUUCUCCACCCCCGUGUGGAAUGCCAUGGCACCAGAAUUACCAACCCUCUAAUUUGGAGGUUGCCUCAGUGGCAGUCUGGUUGCCAGCAGCAGUGGACCUAUGACCCUUGUUUGAUCCCAACAUCAGGAUUUUCAAUCCCCAUAGCAAAAUCCUACUUCCAAAACUGGAAAAAAAUCUCUUGUCCAAAUUUUCUGGUUUCUGGAUUGUCAGCUACUGGACAGAUUGAGGAAGAUGCACAUGAGGAACUAGUGGAGGUCCUUACCCAUGGAACUUGACUAGGAUGUUUAAACUAUUUUUGGGCAAUUCCCCAACCCUCAUGGCAGGGAUCCUGCACAAAUGUGUGUGAUGCAGAGUUAGAACUGGAGACUUGACAUAGUCAAGUGAGUUACCUUGGUAGAUAUACUGGAGUGGUUUGACAGUUUAAAACUUGUUAAUUUCAUAGCUGACCACCUGACUACAUAAUGAAUUGACCGAACUACCCAAGAGCUGGGAUCCCUAUAAUGAAAUUCAUUAAAUUGUUCCUUCAAAAAAGCCUAUCUCAGUAAUGCUUUUACCAGCUGAAGCCAGGUAUGGCUGGGUAUGGGGUAAAUAGUGAUAAGCAUUGAUUAAUUCACAACUUCAUCUUGUACUCUGCAGUACAAUGUUUGGUGCUGCAUUUUUGAACUGACCUUAGUUGUUUGCAUGUCUAUGUU